AUGUUCGAUCCGCAGGAAGAAAUUGUUCAGGAGUCUGGUUGGAGAAAAUUAUCCGAGGCUGGUUUUAUGCUAGGGCUACCAAUAGAGCUGAGCUGGGAAAUGGUGGACGAGCUGACACAGGGGUUCCGGACUAGAAUUCCGGCCUAUGAGAACAGCGAGUACUUAGCGUACGAGGGAUCGCAACCUGUUAAUGGUACCCAAGUGAUGGUAAAGAGAUACACCGGUACCGGAGAGUGGCGUACUAUGCUUGAAAGAGAGAAGAAAGCAGCCUUGUCCAUGCACCACCAAAAUAUACUUGGCCUGACUGCUUUUUACGAUGGUGAUAUUACUACUGUCCUCGUAUUUCCAUUUACUUUACGAGGGCCUUUACACACAAAUCUCUAUGGAUCAAUGGGGAAACACAUAAAAUUGAAAUUUCAAGAGAAAUUGAAAAUAGCUAUAGAUAUUGCUCGAGGACUUCGAUAUAUGCAUGAAGAAUGUCCCCAGGGUCCCAUAAUCCAUGGGAAUUUACUCAUCACCAACAUUUUUCUGAGAAAUGAUUUACGCCCGAUGAUCUCUGGUUUUGGGCGAGCUAAAUGGCUUCAUCUUAAGCAAACAAAGCCAAUCUCCAACCAAAAGUGUUCACUUCAGGAUUAUUUGGACCGCGAAGCAAUGGCCCUUGUGAAAUCCGAUAUCCUUUCCUAUGGAGUCUUGCUGUUGAGACUCUUCUGCAAAACGUCUGCGCUGCAGGACGACAAAACUUUAACCGAGUGGGCUCGUCCGAAAUUGAUGAAACGAGCGUUCCAUGAACUAUUAGAUGAAGAUUGCGAAGAUUUAGACAUGCAUGAAUUGUUUAGAGUGAUGUGCACUGCCUUUCAGUGCACGAUGUCUAGUCCAGAUAUGAGGCCAUGCAUGAGCGAGAUCAUAUCUUAUCUCAAAGGGGAGAAUUUCUGUGUGAUGCAAACAUCUCCAUCAUUUGAUAGCAUUCCAUAA